AUGACCAAGGCAGCAGCCACCAAGAAGACACACAGCUCCCCCAACCCAGGGUCCCUCUGUGGCUUUUAUGCCUCAGGACUUUCAUCACAGGUCCCAGAGAAACCAGUGCAGAACAUCAGGCAUUUGGAGAAGGAAAUAAUAAACCUGAAGAAAGACCUUAGACGAAGCCGCUUCCUGAUUCAGUCCGUGAAGAUAGGCCGCGGAUAUUUUACCAUGCUGCAGGAGGAGAGUGCAUGGAAGAAGAGGCAGCAGCAACUUCAGAAACAGAAAGAGGAAGAAAGGCAUAAAUUCCAACCAGCCAAAAGGAUCUCAGAGUUCCAUUAUGGGGAUACUCUUUUGGCCACAUACAAUGAUGAGAAGAUUAAGAAGAUGGGGGCUGGCGUCAUACUUCGUCCGUUCACCCCCAAGCACAGCUGCAUCAUUUCGCCCUUGCUACCUGAGGCUCACGUGGAACCUCUCUUCCGCCAGCUCUGUGCCCUCCACUGGCUUCUGGAGGCCCUGACUAUCGACCACACCCACCACACCAUGAAGCCCUUGAUCACCUGCUGGAAUCCAAAGGACCCAGGUGGCAGCAAGAGCACGAUAAAAAAAAUCAAUAAGGACAAGUUCAUGGGCCAGAGGUGGGAGCACUUCAUCACCGCGCCAAAGACCAAGAAAUUCAAAAUUCCUGUACUCCGUGCCACAAACCGCAAACCCAGCCGGCGAGGUUCCACACUCAGUCUGUCCCGGGCUAGUGGGGGGUCAUCUCCCCAGAGCAGCAUGAUCUCCAUGAACCCUGGCUCAGAUGAGCUCCCUAGCAUGACCAUCCAGGCAACAGGCAGCAAGGACAUCGAGGACAAUGAAUCGUCUUCAACCAAACCAGAUGAAGAACCUCUUCAUAUUAAUCUGCUGAAGCUCCUGGAGAUGGUCCGGGAAGAUGCCCGGAGGACAGUCACGAUGGAGAAUGAGAUACAAAAAAAUGUUCCCAGUAUCUUGUCAAUGGUGAGACAAACCAAGAGCGAUUCUGCCUAUAAAGACAUGCAGACCACCCGCAAAUCAAGUGACAGAUCCAGCAGUACAAGCGGAGAAAGCCACAGCCAACAGAUUCAGAAGAAGUCUAAAAGCCGCAUCAACCGUGACUUCAUCCACUGCAAGAGUGGAGUGUGUAACACCAUGAAGGCCAAGUUCUACAGCGUGGCCCGGGAGGCCGGUUUCUGUCUACAGGACAAGAUGGAAAUCCUCAUGAAGCGCCAAGAAGAGAGAGGCCUCCAGAAGUUCCAUGCUUUUAUCCUCGCCUCGAAUUUUCAAAAGGAUAUAGCAAAAAUGAGACAUAAAGUCUCCACAGUAAAAGGAGAUGCACAAGAAGUUGCAGAUCACUGGUACUUUGAUCUUCUGUCCAAACUCCCUGAAGACCUGAAGAAUUUCCGCCCCGCCAAAAAGAUCUUGGCAAAACUGCAGAAGUUUGGGGAAAACCUGGACCUGAGGAUCAGACCCCCUGUCCUCCUGAAGGUGCUACAGGACCUGAGAAUCUGGGAACUGUGCUCCCCAGACAUCGCUGUGGCCAUUGAGUUUGUGCGAGAGCACAUUAUCCAUAUGCCACCAGAGGAUUAUAUCAACUGGCUGCAGAACCGGAUCAACAACCCCAUCCGGCCCCAGAGCAUCCAGACAUAG